AUGGCAUUUCUUGUGGUAAUGCCAACACAAACUGUAAAACUUCAAAAAAUUCAUUUUGUUACAAAACAAAAAAAAGGAUUUUUAAAUGAUGGAAAUUUAAUAAUAAAUUGUAAUAGUGGAAGCUUGUGUUUAUUUACAAAUGGACAAGAAGUUGAUUUUGAAUGUGCAUUACCACAAAUACUGUCUGACAAAAUGAAGUGUUUUGUUGAUCAAAAUUGUAUUAAAGAAAAAAGCAAUCAAUGCGUGAAGUGUUCUAAAAAUCACCACAUCAUAAAUGGGGGUUGUGUGUUAAACGAGAUGAGCUGUUUAAUUCAAAACCAAGAAAUUUGUCUUAUGUGUAACAACACUAUCAACAACAAUGGGAUAUACAUAGACUCUUCGACCAUCAAUUGCGAUAAUUAUGAUAGUACUUGUAAUAAAUGUGAGGAUGGAUUUUACAAGUCGACUGACAAAUGCCUGAAUAUUACAGCCGACUUUCCAAAUUGUGAAAAGAUGAGUCCGAAUAUUCUUGGAUGUGCGGAAUGUAUUACCAAUUUUUAUUUAAAUGAACACAACAAAUGCAAUGAACUCGAAAUUGUCAAGACAACAAAAAACACCAAAAUAAUAAAAACAAAUUCAGAGAAUGAAGAUGUUUCAAAUUGUUUAGAAAAGACGACAAAAGGAUGUGUUCGUUGCUCUGAUACAUAUUACCUUCAAGACUACAAGUGUAUUAAAUGUGAGUAUCCAUGUGUGAAAUGUAAGAACUUAACAUAUUGUACUGGAUGUGAUGCUUAUUCGUACACAAACAACAAAGGCGAUUGUAUUGAAAUUAACGAUUUACUCUCAAAGUGUGAUUUGGUGAUGGCAACAUACACUGGAUGUGUUGUUUGCAAAGAUGGAUAUAUGCGGUCUUCUGAUGGGAAGGCUUGUGAGAAAUGUGAUGUUUCUUGUAAAACGUGUACAAAUGAUGGCAAUUGCAUUUUAUGUGAAACUAAAUAUUACAGAACUCUACAAAAUAGCACAAAAUAUUUUAACCCCCAAAGUGAUUUAUUUGGAUGUCAGAACAAGACCACGAAAGGGUGUUCUAAAUGUGAAAAUGGUUUUUAUUUGGAUUCUCAUUUAUGUUAUAAGUGCAGAGAUAAUUGUACUUUGUGUAGUUCAUUUGAUUUGUGUUAUAAUUGUUCUGAAAACCACAUUCUUACUAGUGGAAGUUGUAUUCAUUAUUCAGAAGUUCCCAAUUGUGUUGCGUCAUUAGACAACAAAUGUUCAUCUUGUUCAGAGGAAUAUAAAUUGGAUAAAGAAACCUUUCUAUGUAAAAGUAAGAAAAAUUAUGGACUUAUUAUAGCCCUACCAGUGGUUUUAGUAUUUAUGUUAAUUCUUUUAAUAAUUUCAAUUAUUGUGGUCAUUUUAGUAAUUAUCAGAAAACUCCAAGAAGUUGUAAAAAUGCGAAACAUUUGUGUUUUCCCAAUGAAAAAGUCAAAUGUCAAAACGGUCACGUUAGAAGGUACUGUUUUAUCAAACAAAAGUUGUUUGACAUUUUCAGAAGAUAGUGAAUUACUCCCUGUGGACGAGGAAAGUCGAGAACUCGUCUGCAUUGGCAACAAAAGCAAAGGAAUUUUAAAAGUGCAACUCACAACACGUUUUGGGUGUGAUAAAUACAUAAUACGAACAGAGCCACAAUUGGUUACAUUAAAGAGAGGAGAGGCGUGUGAGUUUGAAUUGAUAACAAAAAAGAAAUUGGGCGAAGGUUCGUUUGGUAUAGUGUAUAAGGGUUCGUUUAGAGGCAACAUCGUUGCAAUCAAAAAGAUGAAAAGUUUAGAAGGUGGUGAUGCGGAAGAACAAAUGAAACAAUUUUCAAAUGAAGUGUCAAUGUUAAACAAAUUUAGGAGUGAAUAUAUCGUCCACUUUUAUGGUGCUGUUUUUAUUCCAAACCGAGUAUGUAUGGUCACCGAAUUUGCACAAUAUGGAAGUUUACAGGACUUGAUCAAUCGAACCAAAAUCAAUGGAAUGCCUCGAUUUAGUGUCAGAGUCAAAAUCAUGAUGGAUCUUGCAAAUGGGAUUUCAUAUUUACAAGCAAAUAGAAUUUUACAUAGAGACAUCAAACCAGACAAUAUAUUGGUAUUCUCGUUGGAUGUCGAAGAGAAAGUGAAUGGUAAAUUGACUGAUUUUGGAUCAUCAAGAAACAUCAAUUUGAUGAUGACCAACAUGACUUUCACAAAAGGUAUUGGAACACCAAUGUACAUGGCACCUGAGGUGUUAAACCAAGAAAAAUAUACAAAAGGAGCUGAUGUGUUUUCAUUUGGAGUAACUAUGUAUGAAACAUUUGGGUGGUCUGAAGCGUAUAAUAAAAUACAAUUUAAAUUUCCAUGGAAAAUAGCAGAGUUUGUUAUUAAUAGAAACCGAUUGCCAAAGAAAGAAAUGAUGAGCGACAAACAGUACGAAUUGAUUGAUAAAUGUUGGAAACAUGAAAAUAAACAAAGACCAACAAUAAUAAAAAAAUUGAGAUCAAAUGAUUUCAUUUGA